AUGUCAAAGUGGAGGUUGCCAAAAAUAUAUAGACUAAGGCGCGUUAGAGCCGGCAGGCCGGCAUGCAGUACGUCUCCCAAGUCUGGUGUUGUCGGCUGCCAGCAAUGCGUCAUGGCUGCCGCUGCAGACGCCAAAAGGGCCAUAGCCGUCAUUGUCGAAAAGAAGAGCUACAGGAUCUACUUGGGUACUUACUUCUAUGCACCAGCCGUCGCCAGCCUGCAGCGACAGGCAAUUGUGGAUUGGAUUGGAUUGGAUUGA